AUGGAGGGAGUGAUGGUGAGUGCUGUCACAGGAGUGAUGAGGCCGCUCCUGGCCAAGCUCGGCACCAUGCUGGAAGAGAAGUACAGGCUGUCCAGAGGCGUGAAGGAUGACAUUUCCUUCUCCAGGGACGAGAUGAGGAUCAUGAACGCCCUGCUCGUGAACCUGACCGGGAUGGAGGAGCUCAACCCGCAGGACAAGGAGUGGCGUGACAUGGUGCGCGACAUAGCCUACGACAUGGAGGAUUGCACGGAUGUCUUUGCCCAUGCAAUCGAUGAGGCCAGCAACAAUACCUGCUGCUGUAUGCGCUGGCUCGAGAAGCUCAAGGUACGCCUCAGCUUCGCGGGCGAGAUGAAGACACUCAAGGCUCGGGUCGUGGACGUAAGCGAUCGCCGCAGAAGAUAUGAAAUUCUGGGUGAGCCCACGGGUCGGCAACCGACUCGUGCCCUUGUGGCCGUUGACCCACGUCUAUGGGCGCUCUAUCCAGACGCCCCUGGCCUUGUAGGCAUAGAUGGCCCCAAGGAGAAGCUCGCCGAGCUGCUGGGAAAGGGGAACACACAGCAGCUUAAAGUGGUAUCUGUUGUUGGGUUUGGAGGCAUGGGUAAGACUACCCUUGCCAACCAAGUUCGUGAUAAGAUCAAGAGUCAAUUUGACUGCACGGCUUUUGUAUCGGUGUCCCAAAUACCCAAUAUGGCCAUGAUUUUAUCAGGAAUGCUCCUCGAAGUUGGGGGCACGCUCCCUUCAGGCCCCAAUGAUGACCGCCUACUCAUUGACUGCCUGAGGGAACAUCUCAAGAACAAAAGAUACCUUAUCGUGAUUGAUGAUCUAUGGACAACAGAAGCAUGGAACACUAUUAGUUGUUCUCUUGUGGAGAAUGAUUGUGGUAGUAGAGUUAUAACAACAACACGUAUUGAAGCUGUAGCUCAGGCAUGUUGUUCUUCCCAUGGCAGUGUCUACAAGAUCAAGCCUCUUAAUGACAUUGACUCAAGGACGCUGUUUCAUAGAAGGAUUUUUCACCCUGAAGAUGCUUGUCCAGAGGAACUUAAGAAUGUUUCUGAUGAAAUUUUAAAGAAAUGUGCAGGGGUGCCAUUAGCCAUACUUAGUGUAGCAAGCAUUUUGGCUAGCCCCGAAGGGGUAAAAUCAAAGGAAACAUGGGAAAAGGUUAAAAAUUAUUUAGGUUUCCAGUUAGAAGGAAACCCUGCUUUAGGGUUGAUGAAACAUGUGCUCAAUCUUAGCUUCAGUGAAUUAUCUCCGGACCUUAAGACCUGUAUGCUAUAUCUUGGUAUAUUUCCUGAAGAUGGGGAAAUAUGCAAGGAUGAUUUGGUGAAGAGAUGGGUAGUUGAGGGUUUUUUUACUGAAGAUUAUGGGCCUUAUGGACCAGAGGAGAUUGCAGAAAGUCAUUUUAAUGAGCUUAUCAAUAGGAACAUGAUCCAAAUAGGCAAGUUGGAUGAGUGUGGGCAUGUCUUAUCUUGUCGGGUGCAUGAUCUAAUGCUUGAAUUUAUCAUAGUAAAGUCAACAGAUGAAAAUUUCAUCACUAUAAUUAAUGAUGUUCACGGUACGAAGAAGGGCCAUCUGGAAGCUCGUCGGUUAUCCCUCCAAGUCAGGAAUUCUGAAUAUAGUCAGGUGCUGGCAGACAUGGACCUGGCAAAAGCUCGGUCAUGUAACUUCUGGGGGCCUUGUGAAUUGGUGCCUCCUCUCUCGAGGUUUCAGCUUUUGCGAGUUCUAUAUCUAUAUAUUGAUCAUCGCGAUCAUUAUUGUUCCAGGGGCAACCAGCAACAGUGUGAUUUGUCUCCGUUACGCGGUCUUUUCCAACUGAGAUAUCUGAGUUUGAUGAGCAGCCACCAUUUUAUGCUAGAUGCUGGUGACUUACCCUCAACGCUGUGGCAUCUGAUUGUUCCGCCAAAUGUGAGGGUGAGUGAGAUUCGCAGGAUGAAAGCCCUCCGAACAUUGGAUAUGUACGAGAUAUUUCUCCAUGAUACACAAAGGUACGAGCAGCGUAUCCAUGGUACCACUAUCACAUAUGUAUGCAGGGAGAUAAAACAUGAGGCGAACAUCAAGGGUCUUGGCGAGCUGACCGAUCUAAGGGAGUUAACGCUUUGUCGAGGUUCAUAUGGCGUGGGGGACACUCUUGAUCUUCUACUCUCUACCCUCUGCAAGCUCCAUAGCCUCCAGUGCCUAACCAUCCAUGGGCAUGGUAUGCAUGAAGAUGCCUUGACUUGGUCCUUAUGGUCCUCUCCGCCACGCCAUCUUCGUAGAUUGCAUGUGCUACCCUGGCCGUUCUCCACUGUCCCAGAUUGGAUCUCCCAACUGGACAAGCUCACAAGUUUGGAAGCUGAACUUGACUCGCUUUCAACGGAUGGUGCCGAGAUUCUUGGCAAGCUGACCUCGUUGGUGCACCUCAGGUUACAUGUCAGGGAGGAGCGUGCUCCCGAUGAAGGCGUUGUCAUCCGCAGAGCAAUGUUCCCCAACCUCAAGAGUUUUUGGUUCAGACACCAGGUGCCUUGCCUCGUGUUUGAGGCAGGGGCCAUACCCCUGCUUCAGAGACUCACUGUGGACUGCUACAUGAAAGUUGUGCGGCAAUCUGAUGGUGUACUUGAUGGCAUCGAGCACCUUGGUAGACUAAAGUCAUGCAAGGUGGAUAUUUACAGUCAACAUCGGUUCAUUCCUUUCUAUGCAGACAGGAGUAGGAAAACCAUUACUGGGGUUUUGCACCGACAGCCACAUCUGUCGGAGGUUCCAAGGUGGGACUUCCGGUCUCUGAAGGGUGCGUUCAGGGAGGCCAUCAACAAUCACCCUGAAUGUCCUGAUGUUACCAUUCAGGAUGCAUAA